AUGAUUGGACGUGGUAUCGCGUUUGUCACAUACAAAUACGAAGCAAAUGCCCAAUUCGCAAAGGAAGCCAUGAUGCACCAGUCGCUUGAUCACGACGAAGUUUUGAACGUGCGCUGGGCUGCCGAAGAUCCACGAAGCGAUGGCGAAGCUCGUGACGCGCAUGAGAGGCGGGGACUUGCUGAAAAACGCAUUUCGGAAGUGGAGAACACGCGUCUCGCGCUUCAGGACGAUUACAAAGAGCUCAAGAACUCUGAUGUUGACUGGGAGGAGUACGCCCGGGCGAAACGACAACGCCUCAACUUGUCUGAGGAAGAGAAGAAGCGGCUCGACGAAGAAAACGAACGGGGCUGGGACGAGUAUUAUGCAUCCAAAAAGACAAUAUCCCCAUUGACACCUCAAAAUGCUCAGGCCCUACAUCCCUCGUUAGCAAAGCCUUCCUUGCUAAGUGAUGACGCACUUCAAUCCCUCCAUGCGCUGCGCAAUCGCGCGACAAUUGUUGACAGAACACCGUCGAAUGUUAAUGAAGCCCCCAAAAAGACAAAUUCAGUGGCAUUGGAUGGUAUUGCAGCCUAUGAGAGCGAUAGUGAUUGA